UCCAUACUGGUCCGUACUGGUCUGUACCGGUCCAUACCGGUCUGUACUGGUCUGUACUGGUCCAUACUGGUCCAUACUGGCGCAGGGGGCCUGUGCAUCGCCCAGUCCAUCAAGAUCCCGCGGGAGCCGCGCCCGGGCGAGUUCGCGAAGGUCAUCAGGCGCCUGAUGGAGACGUCGACGGCGCGGGGGGUGGUGCUGUUCGCCAACGAGGACGACAUCCGGCGGGUGCUGGAGGCGGCCACCUUGGCCAACCUGUCGGGCCACUUCUCCUGGGUGGGCUCGGACAGCUGGGGGGCCAAGAUGGCCCCGGUGCAGGGGCUGGAGGAGGCGGCUCACGGGGCCAUCACCAUCCUGCCCAAACGGGCCUCGGUGCCAGGUCAGUCUGGGGGCUUUGGGGGGCACUGGGGGGACUAUGGGGGGCACUAGGGGGGCUAUGGGGCCACCCUAUGGGGCUGUGGGGGCCGGGAGCGGAUCGGGCGGGACUCGCCCUACGAGCAGGAGGGGAAGGUGCAGUUUGUCAUCGACGCCGUCCUGGCCAUGGCCCACGGGCUGCACUCGCUGCUGGGCGAGGCCUGCCCGGGGGGGGGGCUCUGCCCCAGCAUGGACCCCCCCGACGGCCGCCAGCUGCUCGCCCACAUCCGCAGGGUGGCCUUCAACGGCAGCGCGGGCACCCCGGUGUCCUUCAAUGAGAACGGGGACGCCCCGGGACGUUACGACAUCUUCCAGUUCCAGGGGGGCAACGGCACCGGCGCCUACAGGGCCGUGGGGCAGUGGGUGCAGGGGCUGCGCCUGCAGGAGGAGGCCAUGGCGUGGGGGUCCAACUCGACGUCCCCCCCGCCCUCGGUGUGCAGCCUGCCCUGCGGCCCCGGCGAGCGCAAGAAGCCGGUGAAGGGGGUUCCGUGCUGCUGGCACUGCGAGCUCUGCGGGGGGUACCAGUACCGCGCCGACCCCCUCACCUGCCUGCCCUGCGCCUCCCACCUGCGGCCCACCCCCGACCGCACGGCCUGCCGGCCCACGCCGGUGCUGCGCCUGCGCUGGGGAGACCCCUGCGCCGCGGUGCCGGUGGCCCUGGCCACGCUGGGGCUCAUGGCCACGGCCUUCGUGCUGGCCACCUUCGUGCGCCACCACGACACGCCCAUCGUGAAGGCGUCGGGCCGCGAGCUCAGCUACGUCCUGCUGGCCGGCAUCGCCCUGGUCUACGCCAUCACCUUCCUCAUGGUGGCCGAGCCCGGCGUGGGCGUCUGUGCCCUGCGCCGCCUCUUCCUGGGGCUCGGCAUGAGCCUCACCUACGCCGCCCUGCUCACCAAGACCAACCGCAUCUACCGCAUCUUCGAGCAGGGUAAGCGCUCGGUGACGCCGCCGCGGUUCAUCAGCCCCACGUCCCAGCUGGUGAUCACCUUCACCCUCAGCGGCCUCCAGCUGGUGGCCGCGGCCACGUGGCUGCUGGUGCGGCCGCCCCACGCCCUCAUCGACUACGAGAUGGGCCGGACCCCCGACCCCGAGGCGGCGCGGGGGGUCCUGCGCUGCGACAUGGCCGAGGGGGCCACGCUGGCCUGCCUGGCCUACGCGCUGCUGCUCAUGCUCACCUGCACCGUGUACGCCGUCAAGGCCCGCGGCGUCCCCGAGACCUUCAACGAGGCCAAGCCCAUCGGCUUCGCCAUGUACACCACCUGCGUGGUGUGGCUCGCCUUCGGGCCCAUCUUCUUCGGGGCCGCCCAGUCCGCCGACAGG